GAGACGCCAUUUCAGGGUGGAGAUUAUGAACUAAAAACCUGAAAUAAAAGGACUUAAAUCUGUGAUUCAGAGGGACAUUUAACUGGUGAGUCUACCGAUUGAAGAAUACUUAAAAGAUUUGAAGAAAUGGAUGAAAAAACUCUUAAAGAUUACCUGAGCUGCCACGUUUGUUUAGAGACGUUGAAAGAUCCGGUGUCUCUGAGCUGCAGCCACAACUUCUGUUCAAGCUGCCUGAAAGAGUUCUGGGAAGAAGCUAAAAACAAAAACUGUCCCAUCUGUAAAAGAAAAUCUUCUAAAGAUCUUAUUGUGAACUUUUCACUGAAGGGACUUGCCGACUCUUUUGCUGGAAAACAGACAGGUGGAUCGUCUGAGACUGAAAAAGAAGAAAAGAGGCUGGAGGAAGUUUGUAAGAAACACCCAGGAAUACCUUUCCUGUUCUGUAGAGACGAACAGAGAACUGUGUGUUCUGUCUGUGAGUUUUCUCUGCACCAGAACCACAAAGUGGUUCCUGUAGAAGAAGCAGUCGGUGAGCUGAAGGAGCUGCUGAAAUCUGACUUAAAGUCUCUGCAGGACAAGAGGAACAAAUACAAACGGGUGGAGGAAACAUAUAAAGAUCUGGUUCAACACUCGGAGAAGCAGCUGCUGUCCACAGAGAAGCAGAUCAGAGCAGAGUUCAACAAACUCCAGCAGUUCCUGAAGGAGGAAGAGGAGUCCAGACUGGCAGCUCUGAGGGAGGAAGAGGAGCAGAAGGGGAGGAGAAUCAGCGGGGAGAGGAAGAGGAUCCAGCAGCAGAUCUCCUCUCUGUCAGACAGCAUCUCUGCUGUGGAAGAAGAGCUGCAGAAAGACAACAUGUCGUUCCUCAGCAGGUUUAAACCCACCCGGGACAGAGCCAGAGAGCAGAGCUCAGUGUCAGAUCCACGGCUGCUCUCAGGAACUCUGGUAGACGAGGCCAAACACCUGGGAAACCUGGCCUUCAGAGUCUGGGAGAAGAUGGGGGACCAGGUCCACUUCAGCCCGGUGGUUCUGGACCCAAACACUGCACCCUCCUGUCUCCAUCUGUCUGCUGAUCUGACCAGUGUGAGAUGUGGAGAUACAUGGCAGCAGCUUCCUGAUAAUCCAGAGAGAAACGACUACGGAACCAGUGUUUUUGGUUCUGAGGGUUUGACCUCAGGGAAACACAGCUGGGAGGUGGAGGUGGGAGAUUAUCCUGUCUGGAUUAUUGGUUUGGUUAAAGACUCAGUUGACAGGAAGAACAAGACAUUUGCUUCACCUACAUAUGGAAUCUGGUGUUUACGGCAUUGUGAUGGAGAAUACAGCAAUGGUGAUGGUAAGACCGUCACGGUGGAGACGAGUCUCCGGAGGAUCAGAGUCCAGCUGGACUAUGACGGGGGGACGGUUUCCUUCUACAACGCUGAAGACAUGACACACAUCUACACUCACCAAUACACUUUCACUGAGAAACUCUUCCCUUAUUUCAGUCUGGGAAAGUCUGGUGAUGCAAAAACUUCUGAGAUCAGAAUCUGUCAGACAAAGAAAAGAUUAACCUGAGAUAAAAAAAAAUAUAUGUACCGGUAUGUGUCUUUAAUGUUUUGAUGGAAUAACUUUUCCAAGAGCAGGAUUAUUUUAAGUAAAAAGUUCACAUGUGCAAACAAACGAAUCUCAAAACUUUGAAAAUACGACACAUUUAAAUAUUAUUGUAAAACAUUCAGCGUAUUUGUUCAGCGUUGAAUAAGAUACCAAAAUAUAAAAGUUUAUAAAGUUGUGAUUCAUUUUAUCCAAGUUUGUAUUCAUGUUAUAAAUGUAAAGCCCAAAAUAUAAAGCCCAAAACGGCUCAGCUCCGCAGUAUUUACAAGACCUGAUAGUGCCUUAUGUUCCUGGCAGAGCUCUCCGCUCCCAGAGUGCAGGUUUACUCGUAGUUCCUAGAGUA